AGCCUACCGUUAGAAUCCAGCUCACCCAACUCUUUAAAACAUCAAUUCUACACAUAGAAUCUUCCAUAGACAGAAUCUAGACCUUCCUUCCUCCAUAUUCUCUGCAUUCCGUCACCAACCACAAACUCCAUAGAAGCAAAUUAAGAAGAAAAAAAGAAAGCAAGAGAUGGGUAUGGUAGUGGUUAUAUCACUUCCAUUUAUAAUAUUCACAAUAUUUAUUGGAUUUGGGUGUUAUUUUGUUGGGAGAGCUAAAGGUAGACAAGAUCUCAGAACCAAUCCCCAAGUUUUUGGGGUACCCACUCCACCUCCCGGUACUUGUCCUACUGCUGCUGCUGCUCCUCCUCCUUUGCCUUCAACUCAUUUCAAGCAUGACAACACUUCCAAUGUGUAAAGAAAUUACUGAUGAAUUAUGAAGUUGUACUGCGAAUUACGGAUGGAUUAUGUUUUAUCAUAUUAAUUAGUAAAGAAAUUGUAACAAGUGAAUGUGAAGUUUGCUUUCAUAUCUACAUUAAAAUUUAAAUUCUAUUACUUUGAUUUCCUCAACUAUCAUUUCAACACUUUUAGAGCACAUUUGAUGAAGAUGAGCUUCAAACAUCCGACUUGUGUAGUAAAUUCGAAUUAAAUGAGUAUUUUGUAGUUAGUAAAGCUUACCGCAUCUAGUUAG